AUGAUUGGAACAGGAGCACUAUCUCAGCCUACCGCUGCGCGGUUAGUGCUGCGCGGAUGCUCUCCCUUGGCCUCCACCACCCGCGCUCGAGGACAGUUCGCUGGCCGCCGGGUAAUUCCCCCAGCCGCUCUUCGACACUUUAGCACCCCAAACGCCGUUCACUUAACCUCCCGCUCGCUUCUCACAUCGACUGCUGGGUUAUCUCGUCUAUCGAGGCAUACCAGCGACCCCUUGUGGGUAAUCCUUGCUACCAAGAGAACAUUUCACUCCGCAGGUAUCCUACGACAGCAACAGCAGCAAAAACAGCAAAACCCUACAGAUUCUUCUGCCGAGGGCGCUGCGAAGGAUCAAACUUCGGACGAAAGCUCGAAGCAGCAGGGUGAACAGGACCAUUCUAAUGCUAAUAAUGAGGACGGGAAGAAGAAAGAGGAGGCCCCCCCACCUCCCCCCCAUGGUGACAAGACCCCGUGGCAGGUCUUCACAGAGACUCUGAGAUCUGAAUUCAAAGCCUCGAAAGAAUGGAACGAGUCAACCAAGGCACUUGCUUCUUCUGCUCACCAGUUCACAGAGAGUGAGUCGGUAAGGAAGGCUAGAUCCGCCUACGAAGCUGCUACCAGUACUGCCUCGUCGACAACGUCUUCAGCGUUAAAGAAGACAGGAACAGCGAUUGGAAAGGGUGCAGCAUGGACUUGGGAUACUACUGCUGUAAAAGGAAUAAGGAGUGGUGUCGCCGCGACUGGAAAAGGAAUUGAACAGGUCACUCGACCAGUCCGAGAUACCAAAGUGUACAAAACCGCUGUAGGAAAUAUGAAGGAGGUCAUAGAUGAUGGAAGCAGUUCUCGAUAUGGAGGAUGGGUCGAAAAGGAAGAGAGAAGAAAGCGAAGGGAACAAUGGGAGUUGAAGGAAGGCAAGAAAGCAAAGAUAGAACGCAUGGAGGAAGACCCAAACGCUGGGACCAAUGUCACCCUUCAUAAAGAUGCAGCCUGGAAAGAAUCGUGGCGCGAAUUCAGGGACACCAGUCCAAUGAUGCAACGACUAUUCUCUCUGAAGAAUACAUACGAGGAAUCCGAAAAUCCGCUGAUAAGCACCGCACGAAGCAUAUCAGACAGAGUAGCUGGCUUCUUCGCCGAAAACGAGACUGCAAUGGUUAUCAAAACUUUCCGGCAAAUGGACCCAAAUUUCCAGAUCGAGCCGUUCUUACGUGAGAUGCGAGAAUAUAUCCUACCAGAAGUGCUGGACGCUUAUGUCAAGGGUGACGUUGAAACCCUCAAACUAUGGCUAUCUGACGCACAGUUCCAUGUUUAUGCCGCUCUGACGAAACAAUAUAAGACCGCCGGCCUUAAGUCUGACGGCCGCAUACUUGAUAUCCGACAUGUUGAUAUUUCCCAUGCUCGCAUGCUGGAACCGGGAGACAUCCCCGUUUUUAUCAUCACCUGCAGGACACAGGAGGUUCAUGUUUACAGAAAGGAGAAAACUGGUGAACUUGCUGCCGGCAUGGAAGACAAGGUGCAACUUGUCACCUAUGCGAUUGGCGUUACUCGAAUUGCGGACGAGGUGAACAACCCAGAAACUCGUGGCUGGAGGCUUAUUGAGUUGCAAAAGUCUGGCAGAGAUUACAUCUAA